ACCUAAGACGAUGGUUUCUUAAGCACAGCACCGCGUCCCCUUUCCCGCGCCCUGACGGAGGCUGGCAUUCUGCGCGGGGGGCCCAGGCCCUGUCCCCUGGAGGUGUCCCGGCCGCCACCUCCGGGUGAGCUAGCUGCGGACGCGCGGGCGAUGUGGCCUCCGUCCGGAGCGCAGGUCCUCCCGGGGGACGUGGUGGCACCUGGCGGAGGCCUGGCUUAGCAUGGCCCGCGCGCUGCCCGACGUCGCCUCCGGCUAGGAUGGCCCCUCUGGGCCCGGCCGGUGCCCACCCCGCCUCGGCCGAGCCGCUGUCCCGCAGCGUCUUCCGGAAGUUCUUGCUGAUGCUCUGCUCGCUGCUCACCUCCCUGUACGUCUUCUACUGCCUGGCCGAGCGCUGCCGGACCCUGUCCGCCCCGGUCGUGGAGCUGUCGGGCGGCAGCGAGGAGGUGGGGGCUCUGGGUCGCGGCGUGCUGGCCGCAGGCCCUAAGGAGCUGGCGCUGUGGCCCGCGGCGGCGCGGAGCAAGCGGCUGCUGCAGCUGCAGCGCAGGCGGAGGCGCCGGCCGCCCGCCUCGAACAACGACCACGACGAGGCAGCCUGGGAAGAAGACACCCCCGGCCUGGCCGCGGGACUCGGAGGCUCCGGGGCCGGCAGCAGCGUGGCCGAGGCCCCGCAGGGAACCCUGGCCCUGCUCCUCGACGAGGGCAGUAAGCAGCUGCCGCAGGCCAUCAUCAUCGGCGUGAAGAAGGGCGGCACGCGGGCGCUGCUGGAGUUCCUGCGCGUGCACCCCGACGUGCGCGCCGUGGGCGCAGAACCCCACUUCUUCGACCGCAGCUACGACAAGGGCCUCGCCUGGUACCGGGACCUGAUGCCGCGCACGCUGGAGGGACAGAUCACCAUGGAGAAGACGCCCAGCUACUUCGUCACGCGGGAGGCACCCGCGCGCAUCUCGGCCAUGUCCAAGGACACCAAGCUCAUCGUGGUGGUGCGGGACCCGGUGACCAGGGCCAUCUCGGACUACACGCAGACGCUGUCCAAGCGGCCGGACAUCCCCACCUUCGAGAGCCUGACGUUCAAAAACAGGAGCACGGGCCUGAUCGACACGUCGUGGAGCGCCAUCCAGAUCGGCAUCUACGCCAAGCACCUGGAGCUCUGGCUGCGCCACUUCCCGGUGGGCCAGAUGCUCUUCGUGAGCGGCGAGCGGCUCAUCAGCGACCCAGCGGGCGAGCUGGGCCGCGUGCAGGACUUCCUGGGCCUCAAGCGCAUCAUCACGGACAAGCACUUCUACUUCAACAAGACCAAGGGCUUCCCCUGCCUGAAGAAGGCCGAGGGCAGCAGCAAGCCCCACUGCCUGGGCAAAACCAAGGGCAGGACCCACCCCGAGAUCGACCCCGCGGUGGUGCAGAGACUGCGCGAGUUCUACCGGCCCUUCAACCUCAAGUUCUAUCAGAUGACCGGGCAUGACUUCGGCUGGGAUGGAUGACGAAUAUAAUUUAAAAAGCAAAAAAAAAGUAUCAAAAUAUAAUAUAUUUUUUUACCAAUCGGUAGAGAAAAGGCAGUUUAAUAUUUGUGCUGAAAAUACUUGUUCCAGUAUUUUUUCAAUGAAUGUUCCCGCCUCCACCCCACCUUGAUGUGUAACUGAGGUCAAACAUCAGGGUAAAUAGAACAGGAAAACUUCUCGCAUCUCAAUGGUUUCAAUUUUCAGUUUUAGUGUGUAUAUACACAGUCAUGAAGAAUACACAUCAGUUGCAAUUAAAAUU